AUGACUUCUCCCGCCCUUGGCGGAGCCCGCACACGAGACUUCGCCGCGUCCCCACGGCAGCCGAGGCAGAAAGGCGCCCUUCGAGUUCUCCCCGCUGGCAACGGGGAGCCGGGCGCGCGGGCCUCGCUGCUGAGGGGGAGUGGAUCCGCCCCUCUGGGGAGCGACGGGUUUAUUUACGGCCCUCGGGCAUACGUGAAUCGCUUCAUCGAUUCUUUCCGCAUAGCAAGCACGUGCGGUGGGUGGGAGCAGAAUGGACUUCUGAAAUCAAGACCGUCUGAAGGUGUUUUCGUGGGCGGCGGCAUCCUAGAACGUCUAGAUGCUGGGGAAGUUGUAAUUGGUGAUGGAGGAUUUGUCAUCGCCCUUGAAAAGAGGGGCUAUGUGAAAGCUGGUCCCUGGACGCCAGAAGCUGCAGUGGAGCACCCAGAAGCAGUUCGUCAACUGCAUCGAGAAUUUCUCAGGGCUGGAUCAAAUGUUUUGCAGACUUUCACCUUUUAUGCCAGUGAAGACAAAUUGGAGAACAGGGGAAACUAUGUAGCUGCUAAAAUUUCUGGCCAGAAAGUGAAUGAAGCCGCUUGUGACAUUGCAAAAGAAGUGGCUAAAGAAGGAGAUGCUCUGGUGGCCGGGGGUGUCAGUCAAACGCCUUCGUACUUAAGUGGCAAGAGUGAAGCUGAAGUUAAAACGAUCUUUCGAAAGCAGCUAGACGUUUUUAAGAAAAAAGAUGUGGACUUCUUAAUUGCAGAGUAUUUUGAACAUGUUGAAGAAGCUGCAUGGGCAGCUGAAACCUUAAAGGAAUCUGGGAAGCCGGUUGCAGUUACGAUGUGCAUUGGUCCAGAAGGAGACAUGCAUGGUGUUCUUCCUGGAGAAUGUGCUGUUCGGCUUGUAAAAGCUGGUGCUUCUAUUGUUGGCGUGAACUGCCAUUUUGAUCCCGAAACCUCCCUCAGAACGGUGAAACUCAUGAAGGAGGGCUUGCAAGCUGCUAAGCUGAAGGCACAUCUGAUGUCACAGCCACUUGCCUUUCACACACCUGAUUGCGGGAAGCAAGGUUUCAUUGAUCUACCAGAAUUUCCUUUUGCUUUGGAGCCAAGGAUCCUCUCCAGAUGGGAUGUGCACAAGUACGCAAGAGAAGCCUAUAAUUUAGGGAUCCGGUUCAUUGGCGGCUGCUGUGGCUUUGAACCAUAUCACAUCAGAGCGAUUGCUGAGGAGCUGGCUCCGGAAAGAGGGUUUUUGCCACAAGCUUCUGAAAAACAUGGCAGCUGGGGGAAUGGUUUGAGCAUGCAUACCAAACCCUGGAUCAGAGCAAGGGCUAGGAAAGAAUACUGGGAAAAUCUGUUGCCCGCAUCAGGUCGACCCUAUUGCCCCUCAUUGUCAAAGCCAGAUGGCUGGGGAGUGACCAAAGGAGAUGCUGAGCUGAUGCAGCAGAAAGAAGCCACAAGUGAAGAUCAGUUAAAAGAGCUCUUCAAGAAACAGACAUUCAAAUCCAGCACCACACCCUGAAUGUUUAGCAAUUUCACAUGUGCCUUCUGGUCUCACAAGAAGACCAUUGGAUCAAAGCCAAUAUGCAUAAUACAGAGAAAGUUUGUCAUUCCCGCAGUCCAG